AUUAUUUCUAUCCACUGUAUAAAUUCUAAAAACAAGAUGUCAACAAAACCUAUUAUUUGCACAUUUAAAUCACCUCAAGUUAUCAACAUUGGCGGUUCGGACAUCAAUUCCGGAUGUUCGGUGAUUGAUGUAACAUUUCCCAACAUGGGUGUUGUGGAUAUUGGAUCGGUAACUUUUCGCAACAACUACACAGCUUAUGUCUCUAUCAUGUGCAAGAUAAAAAAGACAAUAAAAGGCGGUGAAACAACAACAAUAUGGAAGAGAGCAAUGAAAAAGAUGAAGCUAAUGCCGAAUCCACACUCUGAAAAUUGCAGCCAGAGUUUCUUUUCUAUAGCUUCGAGCAGAUUUCGAUUCCCUUUGGAAUAUGUAGCUGUGUUACGAAUCUUAAUGAGGCAACCUUCUCCAUGUUGGAAAAGUUUUGGAUUGGAUGAAAUUAAAUUAUUUCCUCCACCUGCAGUACAAGAACUCUCUACUGCAAUACCAAGGUGGUUGCUUGCUGGCGACAGUCUAAGAAUUGGAAUGGAUGAGAAUGAACCAAUCCCCAAAGAACAAGCAAGAAUUGCUGGAUUACCGGAUCCAGAUGAAUUAUCAAAACGCCUUCAUCAGUUAUGGGGAUUAUCUGAAAAAUCAUCAGAAGCUGGUGCAAUUACAAAUGAUUCUCCUGUGGGACGUUUUGAUAUUGAUGGCUGCUACGAAAUCAAUUUGCUAUCAUAUGGAUAGUUUGAGAGAUAUUUUUCUAGUAGAGCAAGGGAAGUCGAAUAUCUUCCAAGUUUUCGAAAUGAUUUGAUAAUCAAAUUCUUUUAAAUUCAUCGACUCCUCAAUUUUCAACCAAACAGGUGAUUUAUCGAUAAUACUGUGAAUUAUUGGCUAGUAUUCCAAGCACAAUGUGACGUCAUUAUCUGGUAAAUAAAGCUAAUUUGCCUGAUAAUUUCACAUGAUUCGCGAACUAUUGUUCUUACACUAUAAUCCGUAAUAGGUUAACAAACAGCGUAUUAUAUUGGAGUAAUGCUUGAAAAGGCAAACUCAUUUAUUAGAAGGGAGUCAAUCUGAACUGACCGCUUUGUACAUAUACCAAUUUUUUAUACCUUUUUUUACCAUUUAUUAAUAGUACAUAUAUACGAUGUUUCAUAUAUUUUAUAGCGGAGUAUAAGUUUAUUUCACAAGCAGAAGAUGUAACACCGCUAAUAGCAAUUUCGAUUCACUGUUGUUCGUUGCAUUUUUUUUUUUUGAAUUUUGUAACGCAUUAAAUUAUACGAAAAGUAUGCUUGCUAAC